AUGGCGUUCCUCCCGUCAUUGCGGCGGCUGGCUGCCUCGUGGAAGCUGCCUUUUAUCCUCGUCGCUGCACCUACUCUGCGUGAGAUGUCUGCUCUCUUCCCAGCGACUGGGGAUGCUGAGCCUGCCCCAAACCUCAUCACUCGUCAAAUGCGCAACCCGGUUCCGCCUAUUUCUCACCGGCGCGACGAUGGUUCCCGAGUGACCCAGUCAAAGCAGAAGGAACUGAAGAAACAAGGCUUCAACGCCAUCAUCCGCUGGUGCGCCUACCACCAAGAAGCACAAGCGAAGAGUUGUGGCAGCUCCGUUGGAAGUAGCAGUGCAGACGAAGAGGAAACAAAGCGCAUGGAUGCGGCGGUAAUGCGGUGGGUGAAUGACAGCCUGGACAGUUUCUCCUGUGGCCAGAGCCUCGUCGUUCUCACGUUUCUCUGCGACGUCCUUCAGCGGCGAAACCAAAAAGAGAGAAACAUGCUCUCACCGUCGUCAUCGUCAACACUUGAUGGCCUUACUGACCAACUCACUCACACGAUCGGGCUACUAGUGACGCAUGCGGUGACGAACGAACAGCUGACGCUGCAGCCUUUUUUUAUUCUGCUUUCCGCCGUUUACGGACUUACCCGAAUCACCGACGGCAUCCCGCUGCAUCUUCGAAACGCCGUUUUAGACGUCCUGGAACCGCCCCCGGCACUGUGGCUUGCCCUGCUGCAUCAACUUCGUAUCUUUUCCACGAUCGCUGGAGAAGGCGAGGGCUUAGAUGCCAGCGUCCACAUCGAGGCCCUUCUCACCGUGUUGCUCCUCUUUGACCCGUUGCGGUGCAGCACGCUUUUUGCCCCAAACGACUAUAAGAUGAUGGAUGGAUUGCUUCGCAGUCUGGUGCGGCUUCUCCAACCUGCACUGCGGGUGUCUCGCGCGAUUCGCCAGCGUAAAGAUGCGGAGCUGGACGAGCGAAGAGAAAUGCAGCGGACCACUGCAGAGGAGUUAUUUGUGAACGUUGAACGUGACGAGCACGACACGAGACCUGAGGAUGCGGAGGAGGAAGAUAAGGCGGACACCGCAGUGAGUGUUUCUCACAUUGAUGACGACGUAAACCGGUUGCAAAUGCGCAGCCGGAUUAGCAUGCGCGAUUGCUGCCGCAUCCUGACCCACACACGAAAUGCCGCUCCUUCGUGCCGUCGUGAUAUCAUGGAGUUCUUCUUAUGCGUGGUGCACGACCCUGCCGCAUUGACACGUGUCGAAGUCCAGCAGCUGCCCACAUUCUUCGACGCGCCACACAUGUACAAGGACGUGAAAGACACCAAACUCGCCGAGUACGUGGCUCACGCAGGAGGCAUCUCGGAGCUAGAGUUGCUGGUGCCACUGCUGCCCUUCAUGUCAGACCCAGCGCGCUUCGCGGUGGUGCUCGAGGAACAGCUGAACAUUGAGAUGAUGCGCUCCACGAAGCUGGAUGCGCACCUAGCCACCCUCAUCUUACACACCACUGGACAGCGCCUCGCAUGGGCGUUUCGCGCGUUCCUCGUGCAGUGCAGCCUGGCAAACACACCCGAGCUGCUUCACGCCGUUGUUGCAGCUCUGGAACACAACGGCACCCAACGUGACAAGGACAACGGGGCCCAGCUGGAGGUGUCAGCAGCACUCGAGGCAAAUGUGACGCGCGAGCACGCCAAAGUACCGCUGACACCUGACCUGUGCAUCUUAUGUCGCUUUCUGUUUGGUUAUGAGCUGAAAACCAUUCCGUUUCCCUUGCCACGAGACUUGGAGGAGGCGCAGUACAAGGCGUAUUCCGAGGCGCUCACCAUCGCUGGUGCGAUUGUGCGCAACAUCGAUUGGCCAAAGUGUGCUACCCAUCAGUUCCUGCGAGGCGAUCGCUACCCGUCCCGCGGCGUACACUUGUCCCCCUCGUUUGUCGCCUAUUCCGUCCUCACGGCGUACCUUCAGUCGCUCGACACCUACCACUUUUUGACCACCGAGGAUGAGAUGGCUGACAGGGACCUGCUGAACACGCUCGUCCUCCCACUUUUGCGCCCCACGGACAUUGGCUUCCGUGCAAGGACUCUGCGGCUGCUCAGCAAGGUAAUCCCACACCUCAAGUCGGCAGACUAUCAGCGCCAACUGGUGAAACGCGCGCUUCAUUACGGCGGCACCAACAGCUAUCACGACCUCUACCUCUUCGUGCAGUUCUUCGUGACAGCGGCGACGGAACUGAAGGUGUUCCCGGCUGCGCUGACGGAUUUGAUUUUUCGCCAGCACACGCUCGCUCCGCGGACGGUGUCGCGUCGGAUGGCGGCGCACAUUAACUCCUCCAAGGCGUACACGACGGUCCUCGUACGGGUAGUGCGGUACGUCCUUGCCGCCGGUGUGCUGACGGCGGUCAAUGGUGGCGCCGAGGCGGCGGCGCGACGCGACCGGGUGACCGUCUGGUUCGCCCACUACUUCAACACCGUGUUGGCGGAAUCGCGGAGGUCGGACUUCCUGUUGGAAAGAACAGCGAAGUUGGACGAGGUGCGUGGAGGAGGACACGAGGAGGAGGAAAGGGAGGGCGAGGGUGAGAUCGACGACGUGCACGUUGAACACAACGCAGUGACGCACGAGUGUGCGGAAGGAGAGAAGGCUGCGCAGGGGGAUGGGAGCCGCGAAAAGGACACUGUGACACCCCGCAGUACCAAAAACCGCGAAGGAGAUGGAGAAGAAGAUGCGGAAAACGAUGCAGGCGAAGGAGAGGAGGAGGACGAUGCAGCCGACGGCACGUGGAGCAUAGCAGCCCAUUCACUGGAUGAGGCCUUCACCUCACCUGUCACAGAAGACGACUUUGAAACGGUCCUGACGCUCAUGCUUCAAACUGGCUGCAAGGCCUCGACACGGGCGCUUGCCCUCAUCGCACAACGAUUGCGUGAUAAAGCCUUAGUUGCCGACACGUUUCGUGCUGACGCCGUGCUGCCCGAGAUCAGCGACGCGCCAGCGAGAGACAAUGAGGCGAGGUUGUCGUGGCUAGACGAGUCCAACGUUGAUGUGGGCGAGCACGAGUGGCAGAGCAGGGCAUCGCAGCUGCCUCUGCAGUCUCUGCCGCUGCCGGCGCACUUCGUCUUUGCGGUGCGUGCGGACAGUGCGCUGGCCAUCCCCAUCACCGCGCAUUACCUGACCACCCUUCUCCGCACCUGCGACCUUUUCGUAUUUCACCACGUCCUUUCGUCGUUUUUUGUUGCAUUGAAGCGCCGACGAUUCCACGUGGUGCUGGUGCACGACAUGCAGAUUGCCGAGGUGGCGAUGGCCAUCUUGCAGAAGCGGCUGGCAGCCUACCAAAGUGAACGCGGAACGACGACGACGACGCAACGUGAUGGGACCGACGCAGCGGCUGAUGUGACGAGCAUUGUCGCUUUCAAGUCUCUUGUGCAAUUGUUGCUCCAUUUCGUGCUGUUGCCGCCGCGUACGCCGCACCUACGUGCCUUGGUGGAGACUUUAAUUGACCCGCCGCGCAACGCGAACGAAGAUGUCUCGAUGAUCACACCUGCUGCGGAGAACGUGACGGAGAGGAACAGUGAAACUUCCGAUGACGGGGGCGAGGGCGAGGACGAGGACGAGGUCGAAGACGACAGCACGCUGCAAUUGUUGCGCGCCACGCAAGCCACCGCCGCGUUGAGUGUUCUGCAAGUGUGUGCCUUCAUUACGUCCUCCAAACUGAAGGAGUUUACGUUGGCGCACCUGCAUCAACUCGCUCUUUUCUUUCCGGAUGCAGCGGACUUCGUCUUUUUGCAAGUACGGCCGCAGUUGAGAGAGUUUACGCAGAGAGAGUUACUGCAAACGGCGACGCAGUACCCUCCUGGCGCGACAGACGUGUUGGCUCACCUGCAGAAAGUGGAUAUGCAUGCGAGCAUUGACCUAAACGAGUUUGUGCCGCUGUCCAAAAAGCUGCCGAUGCGCAUCAACGAGGCCGUCCUUCUCGCUCACGCCCCGUUCUUGACCGUUGCAUGGGUGACUCGCGUGCUGUCCGCUCUCGCAGCGCGGCACGAGGAGAUGCCGGUGUCGUUGCUGCAGCCGCUGCUGGCCCGUGUGGAGGCGGUGGCCGACACUGCCACGGAGUCUGACAAGAGCUUACUGCUCUUGAUUCUUCAAGGCUACCUUCUUUUUGGAUCUUCCUCUUCCAGCACACCAACGGAGCAGCACGACGGACCAACGUGGAUGGACAACGUUCUCUUAUCUGCGACCUCCACGGGGAAUCACGCAGCGCCGCUGAUGCCCGAGGAGCAGUCACAUCGGAUCGACCUUGUGCGCCGUUGCUGCGAUCAGCUGCUCUCCUUGGAGCGCAUUUCAACCCUAGACGAACUUCGCUAUUUUCUCGUGUCCUACCCGCCCUCCUUGCAUCAGCUGCGCGAGCGUGGCGUGGUGACCACGGUAGAGCAAACGCUGCUGCCGUCUAUGCUGACCGCCUCACCGGUGCGCUGGACUGAGUUGGAUACCCUCGUCCGUCUUCUCUCGGAGCACCAAGUUCUUCUGCCACACACCGUGCACAUGAUCGCGGAGGUUCUCUUUGCACCGUCGCAGCUGGAGCUGCUGCAGCGUGCGUCUCUCACGAGUGUGGCGUGCGACGGCGUGACGGUGCUCACGGGGUGUCUGCGCAUCGCGAUAAGGUGUGCGGAGGCGGUGCACGGCACACACACCACGCAUUACCCGUCGGGUGCGUUUCCGCUGCUUCCCACGGUGGACGCGGUGCUGCGUGUGUUCGAUGUGGUUCAGGACUGGCUGGCCGCGUUGACGACGCUUCUCUCUCCGCAAAGUAAGGGCAGCGGUUACACGCCGGUGGGGUCUUCCUUGAACGUGUUUCCUUCUCCCGCUCUGAACUCGUCCACGUCCUUUUCGUUUUCUGCUGCUCAGCUGGCAGUAACGCGACGCCUGUGCGCCUUUCUGCUGGGCGAAACGGACGACUUGAAUCCCAACGAGUUUGCGCGGCUGGUACAAGGUGUUGGGCGACUCAAAGCGUGGGACCUGGCGAUGCCGCAGGCGCAUGAAGGGGCAGUUCACCUCGACACCCACGAAGCUGCGUCUGCUCCUAUGGAGGUGGCCGUUGACUUUCCGCGUGUCUUCGGUGUGAUGUUUGAACGUGCCGACCCGCACAGCCGCUGCGUGCUGCUCAGGGCUCUCGCUAGCGACCCGCCCGUCUUCCACCGCUUCGAGGCCGUUGUCCUUCGUGUGCUUCAGCACGACAUCGCGUUAUUAUCCGCAGAGGAUUUGGAAACGGUGCUGAUGGCCGCCUUGCAGGUGCGGAACGCGGUAGCGGUGGAACCGUUGCUGGACGCCGUGGGAACACGCCUGCUGCCCAUGAUGGACCAGUGCCGCCGCAGCACUCUUGUGCGGCUCUUGCAGUGCUACUCCGCCUUUCACAUCGACGACACGGCGGUGACGCUGGCGGUCCUCGGCGCCCUCGAACGGCAGUUCUCCGUGGAGGUGAAACUCGACGCGGCGCAGGUCAUUAUCGUUCUGGAGGCGAUUGCGCAACUGCCGGCGUCUGCCACGCCGGAGCGGCUGGCCGUGUUGUGCUUCCAACGGUUGGAAAAGGUGGUGCAGGCGCUCUCGCCGCUCCAGCUGUACCAGACCGGGCGGCUCAUCCUUGACCUGGAGAUGGGCUACACGUCCUCCAUCCACAAGCUUGUCACUCACAUCCUGGAGAGCCGAGAUGGGCCGCGCGGGCAGCGCGAUUUCCAACGCGUGGCGGAGGCGCUAUGCGACGUCUUUGACGUUGAGGUGAACGCCCAGUUGAGGGCGUCGCGGCUGCGCAAACGACGGCAGAGGGAACGCAUUCGCGACUUCUACGCCGUGCAACGAAAGCUAGCACAGGCGGCGUAG